CGCUCCGAGCACCUGCUCGCGCACCCCUCCUCACACCUUCAGUUACUCUCGUGUAACCGCCCCAUCCCAAGGCCAGUUCAACUUCAGAUAACUUUUCAUGACUAGUCCUCCUCCCCCCCCCCCGCCAUCGCCUAGUUUUAGCCAAACAAAAAAAAACGCAAACACUCAUACUGAAACCAAACAUGGAUCCGAGGACCAUCGUCACGGUGGAGCCGGUGAUCUUUCUGUAUUUGGCAUCGACAUUCUUAAACGCUUUCGCCUUUCAGAGGCUUGUAUUGGUGAAGAUUUGUGAAGACCUAUAUAAUAAAGAGGAUAUAUGUGGAAAUCUCUCACUUCAUCCUGAUGAGUCACUAGUUACCCAGAGCAAAGCUGCCUAUGUUCUACUUCUCUACACAUCUGUGUUGACUAUCUUGUCCAUACCUCCAUCAAUUUUACUUGGUGCCUGGUCUGAUCAAGCAGGGCGCAAACUUGGCAUGAUAUUACCCAGUAUUGGUGCAUUAAUUGGUGGGGCUAUAUUGAUAGUGAUGGUGCAGGUUAAAGAAAUGUCUGUGUAUUGGUGUGUUUUUGCCUCUGCAGUAAUAGGGAUCUUUGGAAAUUAUGUUGCCAUUUUCCUCAGUGUCUUCAGUUACGUGGCUGACAUUACAAAAGAUGGGAACCGUACUAUGCGUAUUGGCAUUGUACAGUCAAUGACCUAUAUUGGGGGAACUGUUGGUUAUCUCUUGAGUGGAUGGUUGCUUCAGAAUUACACCUUUACACAUGUUUUUGGUGUGUAUUGUGGCUGUCAUGUAAUAUCUAUUUUCUACGUACUGCUGUGGUUGCAGGAGUCAAAUUCUCCUGAAAGGAUGGAACUAACUGAUGAAGUACCUGGCACAACUAAUGAUAGGAUCUUGAAAAAAGGUAUAUUUUUAUAUGCUUCAAGAACAUGGAAAACAUUUUCAAAGGUACGAGGAGGACAAGACCGAUUGAAGCUCUACUUGAUUUUCCUCUGUGUCUUCUUGAUAUAUAUUUGCAGUACUGGGGAACAGUCUAUUCUGAUUUUAUUUUUAACGUACCCACCACAACACUUUUCAGUUGAACUUUAUGGAAUAUACAGUGCAAUUAAGAUGUUUCUUGAAGGGGCUACUUUAAUUGGUCUCUUUCCAUUCAUGUUGCACUGCGUCAAAGAAAUGACAUUAGCCAAAGUGGGUGUGUUGGUGAGAUUAGCGUCCCUUGUGCUGCUGGGCUUUUCCACGCAAACCUGGAUGGUGUUUCUGAGUGCGGUAAUAAACAGCUUUUCUGGAUUCACUGGAGCUGUGCUUCAGUCUCUGGCAUCUAGUAUCGUAGAACAAAAAGAACAAGGUGCAAUGUUUUCUUGCAUGGCUUCUGUAGAAACAAUCUGUGUUAUAAUUGGGACAACUGUAUUUGAUGCACUGUAUCCUCAAACACUCACAUCGUUUCCUGGAUUUAGCUUCGUUGUGAUGGCAGGCUUCCAAGUGAUUCUGUUGAUUCUUGUACACGCGAGUCAAUGAUGAUCAGGAGCAGGAACUCGGGGUAAUUCUCCCACUGAUCACUUGCCAAACCCAGGAGCUCUGAAACAGCCCAGAUAGUGCUUCAAUUUGAUCACCUUUGCUGGCGUGGACGAGAGAUGGACCAGGGAGACUUCUGGCCUGGAUUAUUCUCGUGCUAAAUCAAACUUAACCAAAGACUUCUCCCACCCCGAUUAUACUCUCUUUCACCUUCUUCUGCCUGGUACAAAACACAAACGUUUGAAAACACAUACCAACAGAUUCAAGAACAGCUUCUUACACGUUGUUAUCAGACUUUUGAAUGGACUUCUCAAAUAUUAGAGGUAAUCUUUCUCUGCACCUUCUCUGGAGCUGUAACACUCUCUCUUGCA